AUGGGCAGAAAAGCUGAGCAGUUAUACCAGGCAGGCACUGCGCCUCCAGAGACUUUGGACGUUGGCGAGUUUGUUGCACAGGUUUUGAGGCCGCGUGGGAAUAGCGCUUACGAUGUGAGUGUACCUGAAUCGACCACUGCCAUGGUGCGCCAACUCUUGCGCAUCCCAGAAAAGUACGCCGAGGACCAGCCACUAACAUUGAUUGUUGAUAUGCCUCCCAAGUUCCGAAACACGCUAUUUGUGAAACGGGGCGGGUACGUGCUGGUUGGACUCAAGGAUGAUUUGGAGUUGGUUUAUCCUGGAGCAGCAGUAGAGCGAGAAAAAGAGGACCAGCAACAACAACAACCACAAGAACAGUUACCUGAUCCAGAGCUAGAGCAAGUCACAGAAGUCAAAGAAGAAGCAACAAAGAAACCGGCCAAGAGUAAAAAGCCCCGAGGGAAACAGCCCAACCCACUCAAGCAACAGCUCAAGCUGCACGGCACUCUUAAGCCCAAACCAACAAGUGGAACCACCACUCCAGGUACUUCUGCAUCAAGUGCAUCGAAACCCAAAACCCACGAAACAAUAGCUGUAGGCGAGAUUGUGGCGGUAGUAAUGCGCGGUGCACGAGAAUGGCACAAGCGGGCGUGGUGGCCUGUGGAAUAUUGA